CAAAGUCAGCUGCCUAGCUAAUACAAACCUCUCUCUGUCUCUCUCUCUCUCUCUCUCUCUCUCUCCCAGAAUUGUAUGCAUGGAGAACUGGGAUUUGCAAGCUGUGGUAAGAGGGUGCAAUACCGAUAUUGAUGAAGUCAUGGAGGACUCCCAAAUACCAUAUUUCUUUGCUCCUUUAAGCCUUCAGGAAGACGACGAGCUUUUUCAAGCUUAUUUUCCUCAGGCCUUUGAAGCCACAACAACUUUAGCUGAAUUGGAGGAGCUUUACAAGCCUUUUUACCCAGUUAAUCAAAUUACAUCCCCACCAACUAUUCUUGCCUCCUCCAUAUCUGUUCCCCAAGAAGUCAUCACAGAAGCACCCAAGCUGAUAAAAAACAUGAAGGAAUCAGCACCUAUUUGUAAAAGAAUAAGCAGGAAGAAUCAGAACAAAAGGGUUGUGAAAGAGGUUAAAGCAGAAGAUCUCUUUUCGGAUGUGUGGGCGUGGCGUAAGUAUGGGCAAAAACCCAUCAAGGGAUCGCCACAUCCGAGGAGCUAUUACAGAUGCAGCAGCUCAAAAGGAUGUUCAGCAAGAAAACAAGUAGAAAGGAGCUGUUCCAAUCCUGAAACGUUCAUCAUAACCUACACUGCAGAACACAACCAUGUUCAUCCAACUCGUCGAAACUCUCUUGCUGGCAGCACCAGAAGCAAGUUCCCUUCAUCUAGAAACAAGGACAAAUGUAGUAGUUCUUCGAAUUCUCCAGCUACGCCUAAUCUUGCCGCAUCCAUUGAAGAUAACCGUGAGUUUGUGGAAAGCGCGGAUAUUAAUAUCGUAAAAGAGGAAGCGAAAUUCUUGGAAGAGGAUGAAAUUAGUAAUGAAAAUGUCGUGUUGGGUACUAUGGUGAGUGAUGAAAUGUUCCAAAGCUUAGAGGAUUUGGAUAGAAAGUUGGAACCAGUCAUGGAAGGUUUGUUUUCGGAUCAAUUUUUGGACAAUUUUUCAAGUCCUUGGUUCAAUAUUAAUGGCCACUCUAGUACUGUAACCGGUGCUUGCUGAUUCACCAGAAGCCAUGCAUUAGAGAAAGCAACAUUUGGUUGGUUUAUAUCAAAUUUGUAUCAUCACUAUAUUUUCCUAGCCCAUGCAAGUUUUCUUUUAUUUAGGUCUAGCUUUUUACAGAUGGAAGAUGCGAGUAGCAAGUCAACAAAGUUGAUGGACAUGAAAUUGUAACUAAUCUCAAUAAUUAAGGCUAUUAUGUAUACGGACAUGGAUUAGAAUGGUAUCAUCUCUUAUUUUCAAAUAAUUGGUGAGCUUAUAUGCACCA